AGUUGAACCAGAGAUCGCACAAGAGCCCACCAAGAGUAAAAUUGUUAGGUUAGCAUCAUAUAUCUAAGGAAUAACAACAACAAAAAUAGGAAACGGAAUUGAAACGAAAUGACUGAGAUUGUUGAUCAGACCGAUAACAAUGUCGGAGAAUACAAUGUUUUCACGUGGAUCACUUACAAAGAUGAUAUACCAAGAUUUAUGUACCAAUUAUUCAAUAAUGAAUCACUUGUUGACGUGACGCUCUGUGUUGAUGGUGAACGGAUUCAAGCUCACCGUCUCAUCCUCGGUGCUUGCAGCGAUUUAUUAAGAGAUGUGUUGGAAGAAGCUUCUGAAGACAAUCCGACUCUCAUAAUUAAUGACGUAUCAGCCGAAACUAUGAAAGCAAUAAUUGAAUUUUGUUAUACCGGGAAUGUAAAAGUUCCUCCGGCAGGGACCAGAAAUUUAUUUGAAGCUGCUAGGUUUUUAAAAAUAUCUGCACUGAUGGAGUUUCAGACAGCAGACUCUGAUUUUACAAAUGAAGAUGAAUAUCAAUUAAUAGAUUCUUUGGAUGCGUCUAAUGAAGUCGUGGAAAAUACUUGGGAAAUUGAAAAUGAAAAUUAUGAGGCUGAAGAUGUUACAUAUACUGAAGAAGUAGACAUAAGUACUGUUAAGGAACAAGAAGUUAAACCAGGAAAGGAAAAAGGUAAAAAGACAAAACGGAAACGUGAGAACCCCAAAAGAGAUUACAACCCUGCGAAUAUGGAAGCUGCAUUGAAUGACUUGAGCCAGGGGUUGUCUUUAGUUGAGGCUUCUACAAAAAAUAAUGUGGCCAGGUCGACACUCUACAUGAGGUGCAAAGCUAUAGGAAUGCAACUGAACACCUCCAGACACGAUUAUCCUGCAGACCGACUUAAGGCGGCCAUCAAUGCUGUCAUGAAUGGAGCCAGUUUUCAAAGUGCAUCUGAUAGGUACAAAAUACCUAAAACUGUCUUGUGGAGGCGGAUCCAAAAAGAAAAUUAUCGCUCGAUGAGGCCUGAUUGCAAACGGGCUUACGAUGCUCGCAAAAGAGAAGCUGCUGUUAAAGCUUUGGCUAGAGGGGAAAAUCUUACCAAAGUUUCUUUGGAGUUUCAGAUUCCAAAAACAACAUUGUUUCGUGAUAAGACAAAAUUAGUGGACCAAGGAAAAUUACCGGAAUCAUUUUGGAAAAAACGUAAAACGGAAGACGAGCAUAUAAAAAAAAUGCGCCUUGAAGAAGCGGUCACCGCUUGCUUGCAAGGAAAAAUGUCUCAAGCAGCUGCUUCAGUGGCUUAUCAUAUUCCAAAAACCACAAUUUGGCGACGGCUUCAGCAAGAACAGAGAAAAAUGGACAAAAACUUUGUCACUAAAAGAAGAGUACGUUCUAUUCAACAGGCAGAUGUUAAAGUUGAGAGUCUGAAAGAUUCUGAACUUACGAUGUGUAAUGACUCUUCAGAUAUUCCAAUGACAUACAUCGAUGAAAAUAACGUCGAAGAGUCUAUUAUAAUUCUAACUAAGGAAGAAGUUGAAGGCCUUAAUCUCGAUGAUAGUCAACAAAUUAUUGUCAGCACGGAUAAUGAUGGGGAGUACAUUCCUUGUUCGAUAAACAUCGAAGAUACGUCUAACUACUCGGCUAUUGAAAGUUAAUAUUAAUAAGUGAAGAAAUCGGUGUUUUUUUAUUUAUACAAAAGACUGUUAAUAUUUGAUAGUAUAUAAA